GGUUGCUAAAAAAAUUUGAGUAAAUUACUAAUAUUUCAGAAAGACUGGGGACAAAAAUUGCAAAAAAACCAUAAAUAUCUUUAGAACUUUAACGAAAAUUAUCCCAAACAUGUUCGAAAGUCCCUAGAAUUUUUUUUAAGUAACUUUGUUUUUGUUUUAAAGCUCAGCCUCAAGAAUAAAUAAAUCAAAUAGGUAUUAUAUCUGAAUUUCUUUGUCUCCGUUCGUGGUAUUGCAAGGCUAAACUGCAGCUUUGGAAAGAUUAAUCGCGAAAUCAAAGGCAGAUCGGAGAAUGUCUAGCGCCGGUCAAGAUGAAGACAAGAAGCCCGGCGAUUCUUCGUCGCACAUCAAUGUCAAAGUCAAGGGCCAGGAUGGGAAUGAAGUCUUCUUUAGGAUCAAGAAAGGCUCCCAACUGAAGAAGCUCAUGACUACUUAUUGUGAUCGGCAAUCAGUGGAUUUGAACGCAAUUGCAUUUCUGUUUGAUGGCCGCCGUCUCCGAGCAGAACAAACUCCUGACGAGCUGGAAAUGGAGGAUGGCGAUGAGAUUGAUGCUAUGCUUCACCAGACUGGAGGCUCUGCUGCUGUUCAGUUAGUUAGUUAGUUAGUGAUGAAUGUUAGGCCAUGUUGAAUUGUUAUAUUUAAGUUUCCCGAAGUUUCUGUUUUAUCACUAGUCUGUUGGUCUUGAGGAUCCUACUUUCUGUUGUUUCUGUGUGUCCGAACUUGUCAUUAAUGUUUUGUGUUGGCUUCAAUAGAUUAUUGACAAAUUUGAACAAUGCUUAAUCACCCAGCAAAGUUAUGUCAUCAGUGCUACAUUCUACUA